CCGCCGUCCACUGCUGUUGUUCGCCGCCGGUUGCCGCCGACCACUGCCGUCGUCUACCAAUCCUCUUUUUUCGCUCCUCUCUCCACAUCAAGAUGAGCAAUGAACAAUCAACCUCGCGUACCCGCCCAAACUAUGUGCCCUUAACCGAAGCUGAGCGCAACAAUGAAAAUGCGCUUUGGGUGACGCCCCACAUGGUUGCGAACGAUCAAGAAGUGUUGGACCAAAUCAAAGUCAUAAUUGGAGGACACUUUCUUGGAAACUGGGCAGCAUACACAGAAGUAGACCCCAAGGUUCGUGAACUUUGGUGGAACCUUUUCAAGGGUCGGUUUCGAUGGACUGAAGCCCAAGGUCCAGCUAUUCUUAGAGCGUAUAACGCUAGGAUUUCAAAUUGGCUUCGUCCUACUUUUAGGCGUGCCCGAACGAGCGGGGUAAAGCCUGGAUGGUGUUCGGAUGAGGUGUGGGCUAACCUCGUCCGUCACUGGUCUUCUGAUCCAAACUUCUUGGCAAGAAGUCAAUCCGGUAAGAAAAACCGGAUGUCCGAGAAAGCCUUAGAAACCCAAUGGCAUGGGGGCCGCAAACCUCAGAGUAGACAUAAAGAAGAUCUUUCGGGGCCUGAGAAGAAGAAGGUCUCAAUUCUCAAGGUCAUCAAGCACUGCUGGACAAAGCACGGCGAUGAGUCCGAUGCCGAUCUGCCACCCCGCCUCGCUGAAAUCGAAUCAAAGUAUAACACAAAUGUUGAGAAGAGGCGGGCAGAAUUAGGCUUGACUCAGGAGGAUGAGAUUGAUUCUGAUGUGGAGGAUGAUGCCAUCUUUGAGGCAGUUGGGGUGUACAAGGGCCGGGUCCCGUGCAUGGGGGCUGAGGGGCAACGGAUCUUGUACGACCGCAGCGGUGCUUCAUCUUCCCGAUCAAGGCGCGGAGAGGAUCCGCGUAUCGCUCAAAUGCAGCGGGAGAUGGAGGAGCAGCAGCGGGCCUUGGCUGAGCAGCAGCGCACCUUGGAGGAGCAACGCAAAAAAGAAGAAGAAGAAACAAGGGCCCGGCUGGAAGAGAUGGAACGGAUCCUCAGCGCCGGAAUUCGGAAUCAGC